CUACACGGAUCUAAAGAUCAGCAUAUAUGCACUGACGAUUAUACUGCUUCCUGUUCGACAUCGAGUGUUCGGUACUUGCAACUAAAUGGCGGCUCUGCAAAUUUUCCAAAUAAUUUGCUUCCUUAGUGUUGGCAAUCUUAUUGGAUCUUGUCUUGGAGCUCAAGAACGGUAUCAGUGCCACUGUGCUGAAGGAUGUACAGGCAAGAUCGAAGAUCACUGGUGCGAUGAUUGUCAAAAGGGAUUUUACGGACGUUUCUGUCAAAAAGAAAACGUGGCUCUGGGAAAAACAAGCGAGCAGUCUACAACUUGUCCUCAUCGUUUAGGUAAAGCUAGUCUAGCUGUGGAUGGUGACACUACCACAACGAUAAGUGGAAAUGGUUCUUAUCACUGCACGUGCUCAAAGAACAAACCGAGCUACUGGCGUGUUGAUCUGGGGAAAAAGUACCCUCUGCAGAACAUAAGAAUAUAUCAAGCAAAUACAUAUCACGAGAGACUAGUUGGAUUUUAUAUUGAAAUUGAUGAGCACGUGUGCUAUCGCUGGCCAAAUACAUCGUCUCCACCAACUGAAUUUGAAGUAAACUGUGACCGGUAUGGACAAGCCGUUGAGAUCAAACUACCUAAAAACACUGUCAAUGCAUCUCUUACUCUGUGCGAAGUCGAAAUAUUUGUAUGUACAGAUUUCUGGUAUGGUGAAGACUGUGACAAGACGUGUAACUGUAAAAAUGAGACUGAAGUGUGUGACAAGAAGACAGGAAAUUGUACAGCUUGUCCAGAUGGGUUGACUGGAGACGCCUGUGACUCUUGCAGUGAUGGCUAUUGGGAUGCAUCCUGUGAGUUGUGUGACCAUUGUGAGACUGAAGAUAUCUGUAACGAAACUACAGGAUAUUGUCAGCAGUGUUCUACGGGAUGGGUGUUACCGAAUUGCACAGAAUGCGAAAUGGGCAGAUAUGGAAACAAUUGUUCACAGAACUGUGAUAACUGCAGAAAUUCACACUGCGAUAAUUUGAAUGGCACUUGCGUUGAAGGAUGCGUUGCUGGAUAUACCAAUCCUGAUACUGGAUGCAACGAUACAGUUCUCUCUGACAAUGGAGAACACGUUGGUGUUGGAAUAUCUCUGACCGUUGUGGCUGGAAUAUCCGCCAUUUUGUGUGUUGGAUUUCCAGGUGUUUUUGUAUUGUAGGUCUGGACUUUGCUUGCUCGUAAUUAUACAAAAUGCGUAUUACUAUGAUAAAUCAAAAAGUAUGUAUGCUUUAUGCUUAGUUUACUUAAUAAAAAAAUGUUGGCACAAAUACGAUGAGAUGAAGCCUAACAACAUAUAUCUGCCAUCUGUCCGUUUGUAUCUGUGUUAAUAUUUAAAUGCGAAGAUUUUUAAUAUUAUACACAACAAUUUUAAAACGAAAAGUGCAUGUAUAUAACUCAAAUAAAAUAUUUCAAUUAAUUAGUAAAUAAUUCAUACACACAACAUUUCUUCUUCUUCGGCGUUCGAUUGGUUGUAUUAUAUCCUUUGUCCUGUGAGAGUCGCAUAUAGUGCGAAAUGAGAUUUUGUAUUCGAUUAUGCUGUACCAACAUGCAUACAUUUGCAUUAUACCUGAUUUUAAAGUUAUCAUUUAAAGGCAUAUUGUCACAGACCACUGACCUAUUUAAUGGUCCUACAAAGUAUUACCUGAACAAAUAUAAUUUGAUUUGUCCCUAAAUGUACUUUAUUCAACGAUCUUUAUAACCCCCAUACUU